AUGUGACCUCGAUGAUACCUGCUGUGAAACUGUGGCUUUGGCCUUGCAGAUACCAGACUCACCCCUGAUAGAGCUGGACAUGAGUAACAAUAAGCUGCAGGAUUCAGGAGUGAAGCUGCUCUCUGAUGCACUGAAGAAACCAAACUGUCAGCUGAAGAUACUGAGAUUGGCAUGGUGUAAACUCACUGGUCAGAGCUGUGAAUCUGUGGCAUCAGCUCUACACUCAUCAAACUCCCGUCUGAUAGAGCUGGACAUGAGUUACAAUAAGCUGCAGGACUCAGGAGUGAAGCUGCUCUCUGAUGGACUGAAGAAACCAAACUGUCAGCUGAAGAUACUGAGUUUGUCAAGCUGUAAACUCACUGGUCAGUGCUGUGAAUUUGUGGCAUCAGUUCUACAAUCAUCAAACUCUCGUCUGAUAGAGCUGGACAUGCGUAACAAUGAGCUGCAGGAUUCAGGAGUGAAGCUGCUCUCUGAUGCACUGAAGAACCCAAACUGUCAUCUGGAGAAACUGAGUUUGGCAGUCUGUGAUCUCACUGGUCAGUGCUGUGAGUUUGUGGCAUCAGCUCUACAAUCACCAAACUCCCGUCUGAUAGAUCUGGACAUGAGUGCAAAUGAUCUGCAGGAUUCAGGAGUGAAGCUGCUCUCUGAUGGACUGAAGAACCCAAACUGUCAGCUGAAGAUACUGAGAUUAUGGGAUUGUAUGGUGACAAGUGAAGGCUGUCAUUAUCUGGCUUCAGCUCUGCGAUAA